GAGAAAAAGAGGAAGCGCAGCCAGGUCUCGGUGCAGCAGCAGCAGCAGCAGCAGCAGCAGCACAUGUUCUCCACAGACAGACAGACGCGACAGUCAAACAUUUCCAAACUUCCAUCAAACUAAACCCCGGAUGAUCGGAGCCUCACACCUGUGACCUGAACUCUGAUCAACCUGAGCUCCAGGACAACAACAACCAAACUCUUCACUCUGAACCAACGGCAGAAAGAAAACAACAACACACCCGCUUGUUCGGCUUGAAGUGAGAACCACCAGCAGGUGCUCCGGUGACCGGGAGGAUGGCAGACUCUGCUGCGGCCAACAGUGACGGGGAGGACGGACCCAGUCAGCCCAUGCGGGGCUUCGCCCGUCAGGGGGCCCUGCGGCAGAAGAACGUGCACGAGGUGAAGGACCACAAAUUCAUCGCCCGCUUCUUCAAGCAGCCCACCUUCUGCAGCCACUGCACCGACUUCAUCUGGGGGUUUGGAAAGCAGGGAUUCCAGUGUCAGGUGUGUUGUUUCGUGGUUCACAAACGUUGCCAUGAGUUCGUCACCUUCUCCUGUCCAGGUGCUGAUAAAGGGCCGGCGUCAGACGACCCAAGAGCAAAGCACAAGUUCAAGAUCCACACCUACUCCAGCCCAACCUUCUGUGACCACUGUGGUUCUCUGCUCUAUGGUCUCAUUCAUCAGGGCAUGCGAUGUGAACAUUGCAUGAUGAACAUCCAUAAGCGCUGUGUGGCCAAUGUGCCGAGUCUGUGUGGGACGGACCACACUGAGAGGAGAGGACGCCUCUAUAUCACUGCAGAGAUCAAGACGAAUGUACUCACUGUCACCAUCAAAGAGGGUAGAAAUCUGGUUCCCAUGGACCCCAACGGUCUCUCUGACCCUUACGUGAAGCUCAAACUGAUUCCAGACCCUCGCAGCGAGAGCAAACAAAAGACCAAGACCAUAAAGUGCUGCCUCAACCCCACCUGGAACGAGACCUUUAAAUUCCACCUGAAGGAGUACGAUAAGGACCGACGCCUGUCCGUGGAAGUGUGGGACUGGGAUCUGACCAGUCGCAACGACUUCAUGGGGUCGCUGUCCUUUGGCAUCUCAGAGCUCCAGAAAAACGGAGUGGAUGGAUGGUUCAAGCUGCUCUCCCAGGAAGAAGGAGAGUACUUCAACGUCCCCGUCCCCCCGGAGGGGGAGGAGGGCGACGAGGAGCUACGACAGAAGUUUGAGAGAGCAAAGAUUGGUCCAGGCAAGAACGCGGAGGGGAAGUCGCCCAACGCCGCGUCACGCUUCGACUCCAAUGGAAACCAGGAUCGAAUGAAGCUGUCUGACUUUAACUUUCUGAUGGUUCUGGGGAAAGGAAGUUUCGGCAAGGUGAUGUUGGCCGAACGCAAAGGCACCGAGGAGCUGUAUGCCGUGAAGAUCCUGAAGAAGGACGUGGUGAUCCAGGAUGAUGACGUGGAGUGUACCAUGGUGGAGAAAAGAGUGUUGGCGCUGGCUGGAAAACCACCGUUUCUAACGCAGCUUCACUCCACCUUCCAGACGAUGGACCGUUUGUAUUUCGUCAUGGAGUACAUCAACGGCGGCGAUCUCAUGUAUCAGAUUCAGCAGGUCGGCAAGUUCAAAGAGCCGCACGCUGUUUUUUUUUUUAUGGGAUUUUUUUUACACAAUAAAAACAUCCUGUCCAGAGAUCUGAAGCUGGACAACGUGAUGCUGGACUGUGAAGGUCACAUCAAGAUCGCAGACUUUGGCAUGUGUAAAGAGAACAUGAACGACGGCGUCACCACCAAGACUUUCUGUGGAACUCCUGACUACAUCGCUCCGGAGAUCAUAGCCUACCAACCCUAUGGUAAAUCCGUGGACUGGUGGGCCUUUGGUGUGUUGCUGUAUGAGAUGCUGGCUGGACAGCCUCCGUUUGACGGGGAGGACGAGGACGAGUUAUUUCAGUCCAUCAUGGAGCAUCACGUCUCCUACCCUAAGUCGAUGUCUAAGGAGGCGGUGGCCAUCUGUAAAGGGCUGAUGACAAAACAUCCGGCCAAACGUCUCGGCUGCGGUCCAGAGGGAGAGAGAGACAUCAGGGAGCACAGCUUCUUCCGCUACAUGGACUGGGAGAAACUGGAGAACAAGGAGGUGCAGCCACCGUUCAAACCCAGAGCCUGUGGACGAGAGGCCGAGAACUUUGACCGUUUUUUCACACGUCACCCGCCGGUGCUGACGCCUCCCGAUGAGGAAGUGAUUCAGAACCUGGACCAGGACGAAUUCCAGGGAUUCUCCUUUAUCAACCAGGAGUUUCCAGGAAACGUUGCGUCUCCCGAUGCUGUGGAGCAGGCUUGAUUUUAGCUCAGACACACAAUAGGAAGACACAACAACAACAACACACUCAUGACUGUGACUGCUCAAACACAGGUUUUGUGUAGUUUAGAUUUACCAAACCUUAAACUGGAAAACU